AUGUCUCACGAGAAGAUCGACCACACCCUCACCGAGGACCGAGACAGUGGCAGUGGCAACGGCGCUCCUUUGAGUCGUCAAAUGACUGUUGCCCUCACCCCCGAGCAAUACGAGAGAUUGUUCUUCCAGCCUGAAGGGCCCAGGCGUGGAGACUUCUCCAAGAGAUUUGCCAACCCUACCCUACUCGGUCUUCUUGGCUUCUUGAUCCCCUACACAUCCACCAUCUUUACUCUUUGCGGUCUGCGGGGUGCCGUCGCACCAACCAGUCUUAUCGGCUUGAAUGGUGACUACUACUUCCUCGGCGCCAUCGCCAUGAACCUUGCCGGUAUCGCCGAGUUCGUCCUUGGUAACACCUUCCCAAUGGCCGUCUUCAUCAUCUACGGAUGCCACUGGGGCUCCCUCGCCUACGCCCAGGAUCCCUUCUACAACCAACUCUCGGCUUUCUCGAAAGUCGGCAGCAAUGCCGGAGCCGAGUGGAACGCCUCGCAAGGAUUCCACAAUAUCACCAUGGUCCUUGUGUCUUUCACAUUCCUCGUCGCCACUUUCCGCGUCAACGCCUUCUUCGUUGCCACUUUCUUCGGCCUGGUGAUGAUGUUUUCAUUCAUCGCUGCCGCCGACUUUGCUGUCCCUCACAUUGAAACUGCUGCUGACCCUCUUGCUGCACUUGAACAUGUGGGUACGCUGCUCAAGAUCGGAGGUGGAUUCGGUUGGUUGGGUUUGAUCAGUGGAUGGUACCUCGCCAUUUUGACCGCUUGCGCUGCUGUCGGUAUCCCCUGCCCUCUUCCUGUUUUGGACUUGAGCGGCAAGGUCUUCUCCAAGAAGGAUGGCGAGCACUCCAAGCACGCUUAG